AUGAAUGAGUUUACGUUGUUCGCUAACACGAUCGACGGACAGUCGUCCACAGGAUGUCGAGUAACCCAUGGAGUUGAUCCCUCAACAAAAACGAAGCUCUGGGACGUUCCAGUAGCAUCCGCUCAGGAUGUCGACGAAGCCGUGUCGGCUGCGCGGGCUGCGUUUGCCGGUUGGUCUGGAACAACGUGGAGCCACCGCCAAGAGCUGAUCCUGGCAGCGCGACAAGUUCUCCAGGGCACCAAAGCCAAGAUGGCAACAUUGCUCACGAAGGAGAGUGGAAAACCGGAGCCUUUGGAGGAUAGGGUUAUUCAGGAUGACGACGAGCUCUUGUUAACCCUUCAUCAGAGGCCCGUGGGUGUCGUGGUAGCGAUAUGCCCCUGGAAUUACCCCUUGGUCUUGGCCAUGGGGAAGAUCGCCGCCGCCCUUAUCACUGGCAACUGCGUCAUUGUCAAACCAUCUCCGUUUACACCAUACUCCAUUCUCAAAUUUGUGGAAUUAACACGGGAUAUCUUCCCGCCCGGUGUGCUCCAGGCUCUCAAUGGCGAUGAUACCCUUGGCCCUGCGCUCUGCAGCCAUCGGGGAAUCGACAAGAUAAGCUUCACUGGAUCCAUUGCCACUGGUAAAAAGAUUGCCGAAACAGCGGCGAAGACUCUUACACCGGUGACUUUGGAGCUGGGUGGGAAUAGCGCCAGCAUUAUCUGUCCUGAUGUGGAUCCGGCUGUUGUGGCGCCGCAAGUUGCCGUCGGAUCCUUUCUCAACUCAGGUCAGCUUUGCGUAGCCAGCAAGAGGGUAUACGUCCACGAAGAUAUUUAUGACGAGUUCCUCAAAGCAAUGGUCGAGAGUGUGAAGCAAUGGAAGGUUGGCCCAACCUCAGGCCUUGAGGCCGGAAUCAUGCUCGGGCCUAUUCAGAACGAGAUGCAGUAUAAUAUUGUGCAGCGUUUCUUCCACGAUGCCUCGCAGAAUGGAUAUACGUUUGCGUUAGGAUCCCAUCAGCAGGAGGGCUCAGCGAAUAGUUUUCUCAUCAAGCCUGCCAUUAUUGACAACCCCCCAGACCACGCGCUCGUGGUUACGGGCGAAGCUUUCGGCCCUAUCGUCCCCCUCAUGAAAUGGAAGGACGAGGAUGACGUUAUUCGGCGCGCCAACGACACCAUCACCGGGUUAGGUGGUGCAGUUUGGUCAAACGACAUUGACCAAGCAAAACGACUUGCCGAUCGCAUCGAGGCAGGCACGAUUUGGAUUAAUAGCGCCGAAAAGCCUCUUCCUCAGGCACAUUUUGCUGGACACAAAGAAAGCGGCCUGGGUGGAGAAUGGGGUCGCGAGGGUCUGUUCCAGUACUGCAGACCCAAGGUAGUCCACUGUUACAAGGCGAAACCUGUCGCGGGUGGGAAGUAG